UUUGCUGUGUUUGAAGUUGUGAAUGCUUCUCUGACUAUGGCUUUAGUGGAGACGCUUCUCAUGCAUGUGUCCACCACAGGAGCUUUACUGGCUUCUGUGCUGUUGUUUUUGGUUGUUUAUCUCUUCUUCAUCAGCUCCAACUCUCCAGGAGAUCCUCCAGGACCCAAACCAUUGCCUCUCCUGGGGAACCUGCACCUAUUGGACCUCAGACAACCACAUGUAAGCCUCUGCAAAUUGUCAAAACAAUAUGGGCCUGUUUUCACAGUGCACUUUGGCCCCAAAAAAGUGAUUGUUUUGGCAGGAUACAAGACCAUCAAGCAGGCACUAGUGACUCUUUCUGAAGAGUUUGGAGACAGAGAUAUCACACCCAUAUUCCAUGAUUUCAACAAGGGAUAUGGCAUUAUUUUCUCAAAUGGUCAAAACUGGAGGGAAAUGAGACGCUUUGUUCUCUCAAACUUACGAGAUUUUGGAAUGGGCAAGAGAGGAAGUGAAGAAAAAAUCAUUAAAGAAAUACAACAUUUAAAAGAGGGACUUGAGAAGUUUAAUGGAAAACCAUUUGAAACAACUCUGCCUGUGGCCAUGGCUGUUUCAAACAUCAUUUGUGCGAUUGCCUAUGGCACCAGAUUUGAGUACAGUAACCCUCAGUUACGUGAAAUGAUCCAAAAUGGGUACAAAAUCAUGGAAAUGGCUGGUUCAGUUUCCGUUCAGCUCUACAACAUGUAUCCUUGGCUUCGCCCUUUUGUGAUGAAUCAAAAACGUAUCGUCAACAGCCUCAGGGCUAAUUUUGGAAAAAGGGAAGAACAUAUAAAAAGUCUGAAAAAGACCUUGAACCCACAGGAUCCCAGAGGAUAUGUUGAUUCUUUCCUCAUAAGACAGGAGAAAGCCGAGGAAUCAGGGGAAACAAAGACUCUGUUCCAUACAAACAAUCUAAUUAAUUCAGUUGUCAACCUUUUUUCUGCUGGUACGGAUACUAUGACAACAACAAUAACCUGGGCUCUCCUUUUAAUGGCCAAAUACUCUGAAAUACAAGCCAAGGUUCAGGAGGAGAUUGACAGAGUAAUCUGCGGACGCCAGCCAGUGUCAGAAGACAGGAAGAACUUGCCUUACACAGAUGCUGUGAUCCAUGAAACACAAAGAAUCGCUAACAUAUUUCCCACAAAUCUCCCCCAUAAGACUACAUGUGAUAUUCAUUUUAAUGGAUACUUCAUCAAGAAGGGUACCACUGUGGUAACUUUAUUAACAACUGUGCUGAGGGAUGAAACUGAGUGGGAAACCCCUAACACCUUCAACCCAGGACAUUUCCUAAAUAAGCAGGGCCAGUUUGUUAAAAAGGACGCCUUCAUGCCCUUCUCUGCAGGACGCAGGUCUUGUCUUGGAGAGAGUUUGGCCAGGAUGGAGCUCUUUCUGAUAAUCACCUCCCUCCUUCAGCAUUUUCGCUUCACUCCUCCUCCUGGAGUGUCUGAAGAUGAUCUGGAUCUCACGCCAGCAGCGGGACUUUCACUGAAUCCGAUGCCACACAAACUGUGUGCAGUCAAACGCUUGUUGUGACAUGCAUGCUGCUGUAUAAUAUCAAAUUGUAUUGAGGCUGUCUUUUUGAUUUUACUGAUACGGGGGAAGUAUAAUUAUUGUGCACCUUUAAAUGUUUAUUCAUAAGUGCUGUUCUCAUUGCAUCCUAACCAGGUAAUAUGCAACAACUAAUUUGUUUGCUCACCCUGAAAGUGAUCGUGCAUUUGCCAACCCUGCCUACAUCAGU